GCCUCACGGGGCGGGACGGGGCGGGGCCUGGCGCGACACACGCGCGCCGCGGGCUGCGGUGGCCGAGGAGGCUGAGCGGGCGCGGGCGACACCGGCAGGAAGCACUUAAUGAGGUCUCAGAGCUCUUUCUACUGAUGUUGCUGUGGCUCAAGAACCCAGCCUGCUGGACUGUCCUCGCUGUCUCUUAACCACCAAUUGCAAUUACUAUGGCAAUGACGGCAGGGGCAACAACUACUUUUCCUAUGAGCAACCAUACCCGGGAAAGAGUAACUGUGGCCAAGCUCACACUGGAGAAUUUUUACAGCAACCUCAUUUUACAGCAUGAAGAGAGAGAAACCAGGCAAAAGAAGUUAGAAGUGGCUAUGGAAGAAGAAGGAUUGGCAGAUGAGGAGAAAAAGUUACGCCGAUCCCAGCAUGCUCGUAAAGAAACAGAGUUCUUACGCCUGAAGAGAACCAGACUUGGCCUGGAUGACUUUGAGUCUCUGAAGGUUAUAGGAAGAGGGGCUUUCGGAGAGGUGCGGCUGGUCCAGAAGAAAGACACAGGGCACAUCUAUGCCAUGAAGAUCCUGAGGAAAGCUGACAUGCUGGAGAAAGAACAGGUGGCUCAUAUCCGAGCAGAAAGAGACAUUUUGGUAGAAGCGGAUGGAGCCUGGGUGGUGAAGAUGUUCUACAGUUUUCAGGACAAGCGGAAUCUCUACCUCAUCAUGGAAUUUCUUCCUGGAGGUGACAUGAUGACAUUGCUGAUGAAGAAGGACACAUUAACAGAAGAGGAGACACAGUUCUACAUCUCAGAGACUGUCUUAGCGAUCGACGCAAUUCACCAGCUGGGCUUCAUCCACCGGGACAUCAAGCCAGACAACCUUUUACUGGAUGCCAAGGGACAUGUAAAAUUAUCUGAUUUUGGUUUGUGCACGGGGUUAAAGAAAGCUCACAGGACUGAAUUCUACAGAAACCUCACACACAACCCACCAAGCGACUUCUCAUUUCAGAACAUGAACUCGAAGCGGAAAGCAGAGACAUGGAAGAAGAACAGGAGACAGCUGGCUUACUCCACGGUUGGAACACCAGACUACAUUGCUCCAGAAGUAUUCAUGCAGACUGGCUACAACAAACUGUGUGACUGGUGGUCCUUGGGCGUGAUUAUGUAUGAGAUGCUGAUAGGUUUUCCACCGUUCUGCUCUGAGACACCUCAAGAAACGUACAGAAAAGUUAUGAGCUGGAAGGAGACACUGGCGUUUCCUCCAGAAGUGCCUGUCUCUGAGAAAGCCAAGGACUUGAUUCUCAGAUUUUGUACUGAUUCUGAAAACAGAAUUGGCAAUGGUGGUGUGGAAGAGAUCAAAGGCCAUCCGUUCUUUGAGGGUGUAGACUGGGGGCACAUAAGGGAAAGACCAGCUGCUAUCCCUAUAGAAAUCCGGAGUAUAGAUGACACCUCCAACUUUGAUGACUUCCCUGAGUCUGAUAUCUUACAGCCAGUGCCGAAUACCACAGAGCCCGACUACAAAUCCAAAGACUGGGUUUUUCUCAAUUACACCUACAAAAGGUUUGAAGGACUGACCCAGCGAGGCUCCAUUCCCACAUACAUGAAGGCUGGGAAAUUAUGAUGAUCACAGUGGCCGACAGCCUGGAGAGCUCAGGUAGCUGCACCCCAGGCUGGCUCGGCAUCAGCACCAGGCGCUCCGGGAUGGUGCUGCUCUCCAGCCAGAGGACGACUGCAGCUUGGCAAUCGAGGCUGCUAUGGCUAUGGGAAUUGCUCGGCUUUUUUUUUUUUUAAUUAACUUUAUUAUACAAAGGUACUGGAACAAAAGGAACGGACAUUCCCUCCUAACUGCACUUCCUAUGUGCAUGUUGAGAGGUCCAUCCUGCCCAAGUGCUGCGCUUCCCAUUGCAACACUAAUCCAGCCAGAACUGCAUAGCACCGGCAGCACCAUGGCAGCCUGAGGUCGCUCAGAGUGUCCGUGCUUCACUGCAGAGCCUGUGGGUCUAGAAUCAGUGAGAAGCUAUCUUCUGUAGCUGCUGUUAGAACAUCUGCCCCAUUGGUCUGGACACUGUAGGCUCCACAUGAAGACGGUUGCUGUUAGAACAUCUGCCCCAUUGGUUUGGACACUGUAGGCUCCACAUAAAGACAGUUUCUGUACCGGCUCCAAGGAACUUACGGACACUGACGUCAACAUUAGAAUUUCCUGUCAAACGCUCACGUAGACCCAGUGGUAGGAAGAUAGGCUUCUGUCAUGGUGAGGACAUUUCUCACCUUCACUCCGCAUCUCCAAGGCUGACGGUGCUGAGAGAUAGUGACAAUUGGUAUGCACACAGGGAGAUGUACCUAAGUGAUUGUCAGCUACUCCAUUUUAACAAGAGGGCAUAGCAUUGUUUUAGUUAAAGGAUGGUGAGCUGAGUUUCAGAAAUGACAAUGAAAGCUGCUUGUAGAACCUAGUAUGUUUUUAUUAAACUAUUUUUUUAAAUGUCAACUUCUGAUCAGUCCAUGGCACUGUGGAGAGCAGAGUGUGACUAACUGUGGCUUUCUGCAGAGGCACCGUGUGUCCUGCUGGCGACCCUCUGUCCCCUUGAUAGCACUAGUGCCAUUGUUUUCCAAUGAACCAAAGAUCCUGGACAGUGACUGUCAGCGGGGAAUGGAGCUCUGCUUUACCGGGGUGCUGCACUCCCUCUGCUCCACGUGACUGACAAGGCCAGCCCUGUUCACUGUUGCUCAUCACUGUGGUUAAAGCCCAUAAUGAAAUAAAGGAAGUGGGUGCAGGCUGGGAGGGUGUGACUGGAGCCCGGGCAGAAAAGUCAGCAUUCCGUGAGGAUCGAUCACAUCAUCUUUUCUUGCUUAGCAUUUUGAUUCCGCAACAGGUUUCUGAAGAGAUGUAGUUUUGUGAGCUGUAACUUCUCAGGGAACGGCUAAUGCUUAUCAUCUGUGGUGUGACACAGUGAGGCUUCAUGGGAGGGAUGUCUCCUGAAGGGACUGAGCAAUGCCUUGUGACCCCUCUUUUGUCAAGGCCAACAGCUCCUGAUGUAUUUUGGUGAGUCCUUUAAGGCCACCCAGUGUAUCCCCUAUCCCAGGUAUUUGGAGAAAGCACUGAAAAUGGUGGCUAAGCCUCCCUCAUGACUAGCUGCCUUGCUAUCUGCAGGGUAUCUGAGCUUCUCCGAAUUGUCUGUCUCAAGGUCCUUUUGCAGCAGAGACCCCUCCCACCCCCCACCCCCGACUAUAGAUAGGGAUUCUACCUUUUCUUUUAGAAUGAAACUUUUCUAGUGUGAGGGUGACCAGGUUGAAUAGGAGACCUUUCCAAAUUCUCUAGCUCAGGUGCGAUAACUACCUAACUACCAUAGGGUGGGUGUUGUCAGGUCCAGGUAACUGGGGUGGGUUGAGAUUAGUGUAGAGAAUUCCUGAGUUUACAUUUCCAUGAUGUGGGGACAGAACACUUCUAAUCUCUCUGUUGUGAUUGUAAAAGCCAUGAGAGGCGGGGUUGCUGAUGGUGGAGGCGCAUUUGGGGAAGUUUGCUUUGCUCCUUGUCUCCUCCCCCGACAUUAACAUGGCUACCCCUUCUUCAGGAAUCUCUCAUGGAAGUGUUCCCUAAGCUAGUGUAAAGGCCCUUAAAGACUGUGUCUCCCUGUUGAAGCAAAAAUAUGAGGCACAGUGCAAAGUACGCAAAUAAUUUGCAGAGAUCCCCUGAGGCGACUUUCUUCCAUUAUACAUUUCCCAUAUUUUAGGUGAAUAAUAUAAUUUAAGUGAUAAAACCGUAUUUUAAUCAGCUGAGCAUAACGACAUUUUCUCUUAAGCCCUAUUUUGAAUCUAGGAAGUUUUGUUAUAAAUGGUGGUUUGGGUUUUUCUGAGGAUACAGAAAAUAAUUCAGGUGUAUUGGUUUCCUGAUUGAAUGGAGACUUGUAUUUUUUCAUUAAAACCUUUGUGUUAAAGCGGUUAUUAACAGCUAAGUCUGGAGAUGUAUGAAACAUGGGCUGUCCAAAGUAAGGUGUGACCACUUAUCUAUAGGUGGCCAAUCAGCUGUGUAGUAAAAAUGGAAUAUUAAAUAUAUUCUUUGGCUGCUAAGGCUUAAGAUAGGGCUCCUUUAUUUCCAUAUCAGCAUAGCUCUUAAACACACCUAGAACUCUGUACAAGCUGUACAUUUUAAAAUAUCUUGAAGCACACUUUGUUUUGGUGUCGAAUCUAGUCCACCAGUCUGUCUCUGCCAGCAAGAGAGAUAGCUAGCUACCUAUCUUUUGGCAGUCUAAAGUAAGUUACUCGAGGGUCAGAAAAGGGUCCUGGCACAUCCUCUCUUUAAAUUGUUAAAAUUUGGAAAAUUCAAAAGGAACUGUUUUGCUAUGAUCAUGAUUAUUUCUCAUUUUAUUUCAAAAUUAUUUUCUCUGUAGAAGUGCACUUAUUUCUGAAAAAUCUUAAAGAAGUCAAUACUUAAUAAAAAUGAGACUACUAGAAAUAGUUUAGAUUUUUAUUGCAAAAUGUGAGGAGAUGAAGGAAUAAAGUAAUAGAAGUAUAUUGUAGUUUUUUUUUUUUUUUUUUUUAAGCAAUAUAAUAAGCAGUUGUCCAGAACCAUCAGGCUUCUGAGUCCAUCCAGUGCUAAGAAGACUGUUGGGCAGGGGCAUCGAGAGCCUCUUCACCCACAGCACAACGAGAAUAAAACCAUCUU